AUGGAGACGUCAGUUCAAUCAAUAAAAAUAGCCAAAGAAAAAUCACAUGUAAAGUUUGCAAAUGAAAACGAAAUUUUCCGACAUGUGGAGAAAAAAGUGAAAAUUAAUAAUAUCGUUAAAAAACUAUAUGUGUGUAUGACCGCUUCAGCGACAAAUACUCUAACACAUUACAAACCCCAUUCAACAGAGCAAUACUCUCACAAACAGCAUUGCGAAAAUCGCUGA